AUGGAUGGUCAUGACAGUGUUAUGGACUUUGAGACAGAAGAACAUAUUGGUUCUACACCUCCAGUUUCUAAUAAUGCUGGUUUGUUGCCUCAAAAGCGUAAAAAUCGGUCAGAAUCAUGGAAUCAUUUUACACCGAUGUCGUCGAACACAGAAAUGUCAAAGUCAGCAAAAUGCAAGCAUUGUGGCUCCUUAAUCAAGUAUAAUGGUGGAACAAGCGCUAUGCUAGCUCAUUUGAGAAGAUGUAGUGAUAAUCUAGAUAAUGCGGUGAAUGUGACGAUGCAUGAACCAUCUUCAAGCUCAAUGGAAAAUAGGGAAGCGAUUGUUAAUUCAUCUCCUUCGGCUCCCAAAUUUGACCAAGAAGUUAGCCAAAUGGACUUGACAAAAAUGUUUGUAGCCAUGGAACUUCCGUUUCAAAAGGUAGAGCAUCCAUAUUUACAUAGGUUCAUUUAUGGCUUACAACCAAAAUUUAAGUUCCCAUCACGCAAUACACUAGCACGUGAUAUUUUGAAGAAUUGGGACAUGGAGAAAGCAAAGAUGAAGACUAUUUUGUCACAAAAUUGUCGCCGAGUUUGUAUCACUACAAAUACAUGGACAUCUACCCAAGACUCUAAUUACAUGUGUCUCACAGGGCAUUACAUUGAUAACAAUUGGAAGCUACAAAAAAAUAUUUUGAAUUUUACUCAAGUCACAUACUACACAGGAGAGAUUAUGGCCAAAACAGUUAAGAAGUGCUUAAAUGGUUGGGAACUAAAUCGUGUGCUUAGUGUUACCGUGGACAAUGCAUCUUCAAAUGACGUUGGAAUUCAACAUCUCAAAAGAUGGCUUCACUCUCAGAAUGGCAUAGUUUUGAAUGGAGAAUAUCUUCAUACACGUUGUUGUGCCCACAUAUUAAACCUUAUUGUAAAGGAUGGGAUGAAAGAAGUUGAUGAUUCUAUUGUAAGAAUUCGUGCAGCGGUGAGCUAUGUGAGGCGUACUCCUUCGAGGUUUCAGAGAUUUAAGAAAUGUAUUGAUCAUGAAACAAUUGGAUAUAAAGGUUAUGUUGGGAGAGAUUGUGAGACUCGGUGGAACUCAACAUAUCUAAUGUUAAAGGGUGCAUUAAAACAUAAUAAGACCUUUACAGAGUUAGAAUUCAGAGAUCGGAAAUAUUUUAAUGAAAUGAGUAAGGACAAAGGAGUGCCUAGACCGAAAGAUUGGGAGCAUGUUGAGUUAAUCCUUCCAUUUCUACAGAUAUUUCAUGAAGCUACAGAGCGUAUUUCAGGAUCUUCUUAUGUGACAAGCAACAUGUAUAUGCUUGAGGUUUUUGGUGUUGGAAGAAGCAUUCUGAACAUGUGUAAUUCGGAAGAUCAAAAGGUAAGGUCAAUGGCUAUAAAGAUGAAGGCAAAGGCAGUGUCUCGUCUAGGUAGUUCAGUUAAUCUAUCAGGUGGUUUUAAUGCAGUUAAUGAUCCGUACCAUUAUGCUGAAUUCUACCAAUCAGAUGAGUGCAACACAUUAGAGACAGAAUUACAGAAGUAUAUUCAAGAAGAAGUAGAAAACCGUCCUCCAAAUUUUGAUGUGCUAGAGUGGUGGAAGGUGAAUUCAAGCCGAUAUCCAAUACUUGCAAGCAUUGCAAGAGAGGUUUUAGCCAUACCGAUAUCCAGUGUAGCCUCUGAAUCAACUUUCAGUACCGGAGGAAGAAUCCUUGAUGCAUAUCGUAGUUCUUUAACAUCGGCUAGUGUGGAAGCACUUAUGUGUACUGAAGAUUGGCUCAAAGGAGUAGUUCCAUCUUUUCUUAGUAGUGAGGAUCUCGAUAAUAUUGAUCGAAUUGAGGAUGAACUAUAUUCUGCGCCAGAUGCCGGAAGUUGCUCAUCCUUUGUGUCAGUUGUUGAUGAUUGA